AGAACUAAGGCUGUGGGUAAGGCGACAUUUCCUGCCCCCGGGGCCAGGGUGAGAGGAGAGAUGAUGAGUUGCUGAGUGUGCACACCUUUCCGGGCCACAUACACACACCCUGCUCUGGGAUCCCUUGUAAGGCUGCCCUCAUGGAGUUCCCCCUGGCCCAGAUAUGUCCCCAAGGGAGUCACGAAGCCCCCAUCCCAACCUUCAGCACCUUCCAGAUCACAGACAUGACCCGCAGGAGCUGCCGGAACCUGGGCUACACUGCGGCAUCUCCCCAGGCCCCGGAGGCUGCCUCCAACACAGGGAAUGCUGAGAGGGCAGAGGAGGUGCCUGGAGAAGGAAGCCUGUUCCUGCAGGCCGAGACCCGGGCUUGGUUCCAGAAGACCCAGGCCCACUGGCUCCUGCAGCACGGGGCAGCCCCUGCCUGGUUCCAUGGCUUCAUCACCCGGAGGGAGGCAGAGAGGCUGCUGGAGCCCAAGCCUCAAGGAUGCUACUUGGUGCGGUUCAGCGAGAGCGCGGUGACCUUCGUGCUGACUUACAGGAGCCGGACUUGCUGCCGCCACUUCCUGCUGGCCCAGCUCGGGGACGGGCGCCACGUGGUGCUGGGCGAGGACAGCGCCCACGCGCGGCUGCAGGACCUGCUGCGGCACUACACCGCGCACCCGCUCAGCCCCUACGGGGAGACGCUCACCGAGCCCCUCGCCCGACAGACUCCUGAGCCUGCAGGACUUUCCCUGAGGACCGAAGAAUCAAACUUUGGAAGCAAAAGCCAGGACCCAAACCCCCAGUACAGCCCAAUCAUCAAACAGGGGCAAGCCCCAGUCCCGAUGCAGAAAGAGGGGGCCGGGGAGAAGGAGACCUCCCAGCUGCUCAGGCCCAAGCCUCCCAUCCCCGCCAAACCUCAGCUGCCCCCAGAAGUCUACACAAUCCCUGUUCCACGACACCGCCCGGCCCCACGCCCCAAGCCCUCCAAUCCUAUCUACAACGAGCCUGAUGAACCCAUAGCUUUCUAUGCCAUGGGCCGGGGCAGCCCUGGGGAAGCCCCCAGCAACAUCUAUGUGGAAGUAGAAGAUGAGGGCCUACCCGCCACCCUUGGGCACCCUGUCCUACGGAAGAGCUGGUCCAGGCCUGUCCCAGGAGGCCAGAAUACAGGUGGCUCCCAGCUGCAUUCUGAGAACUCUGUGAUUGGGCAAGGCCCUCCCCUGCCCCACCAGCCCCCACCCGCCUGGAGACACACCCUCCCUCACAAUCUUUCUAGACAGGUGCUUCAGGACAGAGGACAGGCAUGGCUUCCCCUUGGGCCUCCUCAGUAGGCGGUCUGGCCUGACCCCCAACAAAGAAGCCUGGAGGUCAGAGAAGCAAAUGCGGAGCCUGCUCCCUCCUAAGAAGAUCCCAAGAAUCCAAUGGCUCAGUCCUUGGUGAUCUAAGACAGCAAAGAAGUGUGCAAGGAGGGCCCUGUUAGCUCCCACUGUCCUGGUUUCUCCUCCUGGAGUCUAAUUUCCUUGGCCCUCUGAGCCUUUUGAGUCUGGGCCCUGGUCCAAUGCUGCUGUUGUCUGAGGAAUGGUUUGGUGAGAACAGAUGUUAGAACUUGUUUGUUGAUUCUUGUCUGGCUAAUAAAUCAUCACCAACUGCCUUCUCCUACAGGGAUUCAAGUCCU